AUGUUUUGGUUGUAUUGGAAGGGAAUGGAAGAAAAAUUGUGGAAGCUUGGCAAGCUCAACCAUGUUGCAAUUGCUGUUCCUGAUCUAGGUAAAUUAAUGCUUAUGAACAGUUGGAGUCAUCAAAAUGACUAUUGUCAUGUUGACAAUCCACCUGGCAACUUUAAUUGUCAAAUUUAGGUAUGGGAACUUUGUUGAAUUAUUUGUAAAUUCAACCUGAUAAAGGUUUGUUAUGAAUUUAUUUGCACCAACCUCCUAUUAGGCUAUCCCACUCAGACAAUUCAUGGAUGGAGAGAGACACUGUGAGAGGGAGGUGUGUCAAUCAAGAAGACAAAAUAUUGACCUAGCCAGAUCUUGAACCUAAAUUUCUCAUUUUACUGUCUAGCACACUAAGCAUUAAGCCACCAUCUGCUAUUAUAUUUAGAAAAUGAGUUAUAUCUGUUUUUUGUUUUUAUUGUAGAACAAGCGAGCAAGAUGUAUAGGAGUGUAUUAGGUGCUGAUGUUAGUGAUGUGCAAGUGAGUCAAGUUGAAUGAAGCUGAAGUUAAUCAAAGGGUAUAUGGAACCAAAGGUCCUAAGUGACAUCUGAUAGAAUGUUAGAUUCUCCUUUCAAACUCUCUCUAAUUCCCUUGUGAAACACAGGGAGAAAUUGAUGCUGCGUUGAGAGCUGUUAUUUCACACACCACUUACUAAUAUAUUAUGCAACACAUGAAAUCUUCUCUGUUUAUAAUUUAUAUCAUUAUGAAAUAUUUAAUCAAUCCUUUUUUCCUUACUUAGGAUCUUCCAGAACAUGGAGUAUCCACUGUGUUUGUUAACUUGGGGAACACUAAACUUGAAGUAAGUCUUGUGAAAGGUUUUUUUCGUCUUUGCCAAUUGGUAACCUUUUCACCCUUUAUCUCCCAGAUUUUCUUUGUCACACGCUAAUGACAAGAUGAAAUACAUUUUUGUCCAUUUCCUUACUGAGCUCAAAACUUACCAUCUUUAUUAUUCUGUUUACAAAAACAUGAUGCUAUUGACAUUGCUGAUCCUAGCAGUAUGCAGGGUGCAUGUCAUACAUGAGCUUUGUACUGGGCCUCACUCAUGGAGUCUGUGGCUCAGUUGUAAAGCAUCAGAGGGUGGAAUCUGAAGGUCUAAGGUUCAAUUCCUGAUGAAGACUCAGAAUUUUUUCUUUUUCCUAUGCUUGUGACAAGAUGAAAAACCUCUUUCUCUAUUUUUCACUGAGCUCAAAACUUACCAUCUCUCUUGUUCUAUAAACUGUGUACUUGUUUCUCUAAAUGUAUAUAUGACAAACUAGAAUGAUCAAUGAAUAAUAUUAUUAUUUUAUCAAUAAUGAGGAUACAAAAUCUUUUGGGAAAAGGAAAGCAAAUGAAUAAUUUGUUCAUAUAUUAUCUUUCAUCAGCUUUUACAUCCUUUGGGAGACAACAGCCCGAUAGCUGGUUUUCUGAAUAAAAAAAAAGAUGGUGGAAUUCAUCACAUCUGUAUUGAGGUCAGGCAAAUAUUUGUUUUCAAUUUUUUGUUGAAAGAUUUUGAAUGAGCUUCCCACACAGAGAAAUUGCCUGUGGCCUGUGACUGUCACAUUCCUUUACACCAAAUUUUUAUGUAGGUUGAUGACAUAAAAGAGGCUAUGAAAGAUCUACAAGAACAUAAUAUUAGAGCCCUGAAUCCAGAACCAAAGGUGAAAAUGAAAAUAUUAAAAAAAUGUAACUCUUUAUUUAGUUACAUAACGUUUGUGACUAAACAGUUUUCUGAGUUCAGAUUUUAAGGAUUUGUAUUUUGGUAUUUUUAUUAUUUGGUUAGAUUGGUGCCCAUGGUAAACCUGUAGUGUUUUUACACCCAAAAGACUGUGGUGGAGUUUUGGUUGAAAUGGAACAAGCAUAAGACUUGCAGAGGAAGUUAGAAGAUUUAGUAUCUCUGAGCUCCUGUUGGGAUUUUCCAAAACAAUAACUUGCAACUUUAUUGACUGAGAUGAGAAAUUCAGCCAGGUUAAUAGCUGUGAAAGUUUACUUCAAUGAAAACUCAUAAGAUCAGUGCCUAGAUUUGCAGUGGUGCAGCUUUAAUUUGAUAUCUUGCAAUUUGAUGGAAAACAAUACACAGCAUAGUUAUGCGGCAAGGAAUUAGGCUGGCAAGCUCUGUAGCUCAUUCUCUUGAAUUGCAUAUAGAGGUCAGUUGAGUGAGUGAUGGAUUUGAAAAUGAAUGCAUCAAAACUGGGCCAUUGGAAUAAGGCACAGUGGAAAGUCAGUGAAGAAUUGUAAGAUUUACUUCACUCAAGGAUGAUUUAUAACUGAAUUUGAUCAGUGAAUUUAAUUAUUAUAUCAAAACCAAAAUCAAGGUACAGUUUACUUGAAAAAAAACUCCAAAAUGUAAUCUGCAAAGAGCUAAUUAUAAUCAUUAUGUGUAAUAAGUUAUAACUGACAUGUACUGACCUGGCUGUAAAUUGAUGAGGUUCAAAUAACUUAUGGGUGUAAAAAGAACGGAUAUUAUCAAAAUGAAGGCUUUGUUGUUAGUAAAUUAAUUUGGCUUGCAUUCUUUUGUGUUUUAGAGAGAUUAUUUAAUUGCCUAAAAGACCACUUUAGGUAACUUCUUUUAAAUAUUUGGGUACAACAAGAUAUAUGAUAUUAUGGUCAAUUUAGCUGGCCCUGAUUCAUUUUAAAUUGAUGCAUCUAGAAAUAUUUGUUUUCCGAAUUAUUUUUGCUCAAAAACAAAAAUAGGAUAGCGUUCUGAUGCCAACAAAGAGUUAUUGUAAUCUUAAGUUGAAACUUUCACUCUGAAAUUUUAUUAUUUAUUUCCAAUAACAAUUAUAAGUACUUAAGAUAGGAAAGGGGAUCUUAGAAAAACUUUUUAUACAAAGUGUUCUGGUUGUCAGUCUUGCUACCUGUGCCUUACCACUAGAUUUACCACUGGUCUGAUAUCAGGUCAAAGACCUGUCAACUGAUUUUCUGCUACAAACUGCAAGUUUGUGGGAGAGUCAGUGUUAGCCAUAACUGUCUUCCCAUUAUGUUCAGGGGUGGAUUCAGGAAUUUUUUUAUGAGGAAGAGUUGAAACUUUGAUUCAGAAACUAGAGCCUGGAUGAACUGAGAAAUAUUUCAAGAUAAGUGAAUUUUGGAUACUGUAUGUUUUAGUAGUAACAUGUGAUCCUGUUAGUGCACAAAUUUUAUUUAAAACAAAGCAAAGAACAUGGGCCUGAAGGAAGAGAAGGCCUGGACCCAGAUCCUCCACCUAGAUUUCCUACUGGUGCUUAUUUAAAGCAAGUGAAGAUUCCAUUAGGAGAUAAAACAGAGGAUGGAACAUGAUGAAUUUGUUUGAAUUAUAUGCUAGAAAAUGAAGGGUUAGGGUUAGAUGGUUAAAUUGUUUGAAUAGGAAGAGAGACUCUAUUGUGCCUUUUGUUGAGGUAAUAAGGUAAAUAUUUAGUCCAUGUAGUUACUUAAUUAAGCAAGCAUGGUUACCCUAUAAUCUAGAAGUGAACUUGUUUCACAUUUUUCUUUUAGUUUUUUGACAUUAACCUUAAGCUACCUCAGAUUUUCUCUUCUUCUUCUUCAACUUGAUGUAGUUUUAGAUGCAAUUAUCAAUAUUAGCAACCAGAAGUGCUUGGUUUUACAAUGUAAACUAUCAUUAAUGAAGGGCAAAUGUUCCCCUGCACAUGCACUUGAAUAUUGAUCUUUGUGUUUCCAAGCAACAUGCACAAUUUUAGUUAAAUUAUCAUGCAACAUGUAAUAUAUCGUUUCAAACACAUCAUAAUUGAAUAAACAAUCAACAGUAAAAAUAUCAUAAUUUGCCCUAUGUAGAUCACUUAUUGUAUUCGUUUCUCUUAGCAACAAAUGUUGUGACGUGAUUUCCGGUGCAAUACUGCGGAUGUAAAUCAUGAACAGUAAGACUGCGGUUGGAGUAAUUUGGAUUAAGCAAUCUUCUCAAUUAACCUCGUGUCAUUUCAGGAGUCUUUUGUGCGACGAUAGCGAGUUAUGGUAAAAUUUCCAAGGCGAUUCUUGAUUAUGUAAAAUUCUUCCAAGCCUGCUCGAGACACAGAAACGACCCCACUCAUCCAACGUGUAUCAACGCCGAAAACUGCUAAAACAAGAGCAUUUUCAUGUUUUGUUUACAAGCCGGGAGUUUCUUGUAAAGAAGCACUUAGUCUUGUCAUCAAAACGCGCUCUAUUUUUGAGGCACCAAAGAAGACUUAGCAAGAAAAAGAUCGAACUUAACAUGAAGCUUUGAAUAUAUUUAUGCUUUGCGUUCCUAGUCGCUGAGGAGAGUAUUCUCAUUGCGUGGAAUGGUAAUUUUGCUUUAAACAUAUCACUCGUCACUGAUCUGUGCCAACUUCUUGACAGCUUACGUUGCUCUGGACAUUAUUAAUUUGAUGCUUGAAAUAGCUAUUAUUUGAAGAACAUGGACUUGAGGUCGCCAUAUCUUAAACGACGAACAGCGGGUGCAACAUAGCUUACAUAAUUUGGCGAAUAUCCCUUGAGUUCAUAGAGGAUUGAUAAGAAGGCUGCAGUGCGCUAAAACUUCAAAAGCUGGGGAAAAGAUUUUGCAAAAGUGCUCAAUGUGUGGAGCGCUUGGAGGACGUAAUCAAAAUAGAGUUGUUCCUGUUUCUGAUCUACCUUCGGAAAGAGUCGAAAUACGAAAAGGCAGGUGGUUGAGAGUAGUGCAUUACAAACCUCGAAUAUCGAGGUCCGAUAGCGGUUAUAGCCGUGAUGAUCUUCAGUCUAAUCGCUCGGCUCAUUCGGCGGGUUCAGCCACUUCUGGAGUUGGUGAUCCUGAUUACAAGAAGAUAGUUGUAAUAUUUUUCAUACAUGGAGUUGGUGGUAGCGCUGAUCUUUGGUACGAACAAGUACAAUACUUUUGCAAGGCAGGUUACGAAGUUAUAGCGCCUGACCUGCUAGGACACGGGCAAAGCUCCGCACCGAACAAAACAGCAGAUUACGAAUUUUCUGAACUUUCGUAUGAUUUACUUCGUUUAUUUGAUCGAUACCAUAAGAAGAGGAACGUUUUAGUAGGACAUUCGUAUGGGUAAGUCUUCAUGUUUCUGUACAUCUGUUGCGCCCUUUGUAUCCGAUGAUUGAUCAGUUCCUUACGGAACUAUAUAUGACAAACAGCCCGGCCCCGAGGGUACUUUCCAAAGGAAAGCGAUCUGACUCAACGAGGAGUGUCGUGUGGUGCACUUUGUACUGUGCUUGCUUUCAUUCCAGGAAGUUCCAUAACUGAUUGGUAUUUAUUCUAGCUGCUUCACAUUCCUUGUAAAUUAGUUCCGAGGAUUUGCUGUUAGACCAAUUUAAUUCUACUUGUAUUAUUAAUCCCACUAGGGUAUUCUUAUUUCCUGUUUGCUGGAUACUGUAUGGAUGUUAAAGGGAGAAGUAACAGGUUCAUCACUUCUAGGAGUUCAAGGGUCAACUGAUAUUUCCUUGUUUCUUGUUACUUGAAAGGGUGGAUUAAGUGGGGAGGGUAGGGAGCAAUUAGGAUGCAGCCAUCUGUUUCAUGUUUUUUUUUUGGUUUUUUCUUAUAUUUUGUUUGUUUGUUUGUUUUUUUCUUUGGUGCUUGUUACUUUUGACAACUGAAAAAACUUUGUCAAAGAGUCAGCACCAUGGUGGUUGGCAAGCCAUGCCUUUUAACAAUAUAUUUUAUAAUUUACUCAGGGCAUCAUUUUGUGCAGUGAUUGCAUGUGAGCGUGCUCGACUGGUGUCCAAGAUGGUCCUUAUAUCUGGAGGAGGUCCUACACCACUUGUGGGUGUGGGUACCUGCGAUGUGUUCUGCUUACCAACACUUUUACUGUCUUGCAUCAAACCUGUGUUUUUGUCUGUCUAUGAGAGGUUAGUCUUGCAGAAUAAACAUCUUCAGCAUGACCAAGAAGAAAAUUUUUUUCUAAAAGUUGUUAGAUACUCAGCUGAAAUAAACAUUUUCAAUAGUCAUCUUGAACCCCCGGCUCCCAAGUUACAAACUGAAGAUGGCAAAAUUAUGUAGAAAUGAAACAGAGUUCUCAUUAAAACCAAACAGUUGAGGAGGAGAAUCAUCAAAUCUGAGUAAAGAAUUACAAAUUACUUUCUUAUUACACAAUAACUGGUAUGUCUGGUUAAAAAUUUCAUGACUUUAAUUUUUUCAGGAGGGCAUACAACAGCGUGAGAGCAAGAUCACUCAGGAAGAAAGUGAAAGCCUUUAGUGCUCCACCUUUUGUAAUGAAAGCUGUUAUGGCGGGACAGGUCAGUAAAUCCCUCUGAGUCUUUAAAUGUUACAUUUUGGGUAGUGAUAUUGUUUCAGAACCACCUUAAUUUAAGAAUAACGUGACAAAGAGAUCUCAGUGAUUUUGUGGUUCAUCUUUAGAACAUGGUGUAAUACAUAGUCAAACAAUGUUUUCCAGGUGUGGGAAGAUGGUGAUGAGACAUAUCACCAGGAACUGAUGGUGCCGGCAUUGUUGAUUUAUGGUGCACAGGACAAAUUUGUAACUCUUGAGGAGGAGCAAUGGAUGCAAGAGGUUUGUGAUUGAGCAACAAAGUUUGUGAGUCAUUCCUUCAGGAUUUUAUACUAUAUUUAUUAACUCUACUUGGUUCCAUUUGUAAUAGGUAAUAUACAGUUCAUCUUUAGAGGUUAUUCAAGAUGCAGGCCACAUGGUUAUGGUAGAGUCUCCUGUGAGGUCAGAAAGCAUUUUUUUUGCUAAAACAGAGAAUGAGUGUAUUUUAGAGAGAGUAUGAUUGGAUGCUCUUGUUUUGAGUUCCUGUACUGACUUUACUAGGGCUGUACCAAGAAUUGGCCUAGCUCUGUGCCAAUAAGUAAUUUUUAGUUUCAUAUCAUUUCUGUUGAGAGUGGCUCUCUCAUUAAGUAACUUUCUAAAUGGAUUUAUAAACAUUUAUUAAUUGAAACAAUUUUCAUUAUUAUCAUAAAUGUCUUUGCCAUCUAUACAGAAUAAGUUCCUCACUCAUGUUUUUUUAGCAGCACACGUAGCUUUUUAUUGUGGAGUCUUUUUUGUACAUCUAAAAAAUCUAAGGACUUGGAAGUGCUCAAUUAAAAUGAAGUGAAAUAUUGCUUUUCUGAUAGAAUUGUUCUAUUUCCUUUAUUUUAUAGAGUGAACUGGUUGAUAUAUAACUUUCUUCAGCGUGAUGCCACCACUAGAUCACUACAUGCUGGAAGUCAGUCUUGUAAUCUUUCCUCAAAGGGAUCUCUUCAUGUUGCAUCAAAGGAUGAACCAGCUCCUUCUCGCACUCUCGAGGCUGGACUUCAGACAGUCUCUGAAAGUGUCAAUGAAGAAACCAGACAACACUCAAGUGGAAUGGCACUUGAACCUUCGGGUAAAAAUUCUUUUAACAUCCAAAGCUCACAGGCUUCUCUCAAUGUUCCAGGAAAUGUAGCAUCUGCAAGAAUUUCUACAGCAGAUGAUGUAGAGGAAAUCAUACCAUUGCAGACAGGAGACUCUGAAAUUUGUCUAGAAAUUCCACAGAUGGUUGUCACUGCCAAUAAUGCUUCUCAGCAAGAAACUCAAGAUGACACAAUGCAAGCCCUAACAAAUGAUUUUCAGUAUUCAGAUGGCUCCCUUAGGAAAGAUAAGAAAUCAGAUGAAACUAACGUUAAUGUGUUAGUGAACAGUUCACUGUCCCCAAGUUUAGGAGCAGUUCAAAUAAUGAGACCUUUGGCUGGUGUAGCCUGGACAAAAAACAGCGCUGGUUCCAUUGCAACAAGGAGAUCUUCGCUUAAUUCAUUUCUCAGGCUUUCCAGUAAGAUGGAGCCAAGUGGCUCUAAAAGUGCACCAUCAUCUCCAGUGAGGGAAAGAUCCACAGAAUUUAAAAAUAAGUCUGUCCAAUAAUUUGUGAAUGACUCAAUUCCUCUUAUCUAUUUAAUGUUAAGGGUCACGGGAUGUACAUAUCAAUUUUGGUCAUCAUGUAUACUUAAGAUUCUUGUAAAAAAUAAUUCACAUGGAAAAGUAUUUGCACAGUAUUUAUCUUUAAUUUAAUUGCAAAUCUGGAAAUCUGGUUAUCAUUCUCUAUGGUAUCUUCAGGAGACCAAUGUUCUACAAUUCAAAAAAUGCUAUAUUUAAAUAUAUGCUGAGCCAAAGGCUCUAGGUAUUUCACUUCACUACACAGUAGUGCAGAAUUAGACGCAAAACAUUCUACCUUUGUUACAUUUUUAGGUACCCAAUAGAUAGGCAAAAAUGUACUUUCACAAAAGUAAACUUGUUAAAAAAAUGGAAAACUAUCCUAGAUUCCAUCAAAAAUAUGGUGUGAGGUGAAAAAGAAUGUCACUGAGGACCCUCAAACAGGCCAUGAUACAAUGUACACAAUUAGGGUUAGAUACAAUAAUGAUAAUAUUUUAAAAUAACCUUGUAAUGUUUGCCGUUUUUCAUUAGCUUGAAAGGGGCAUUCAUUUGUCUCAUUUUAUGUAUUUGGAUAGAAGGGUUCCUAUUUAAAGAAACAUGGAAAAAAAAUCCAAAUUUAAACUGCUCAUUUUCUAAGAACAUAACAGGCAGUUUGUGGUAUUUAGAAUCGCAUUACCUCAGUUACAAAGGAAACACAUUAAAAUGAAUCCCUAGCUGGCACCAGAUUGGUGUUUCUUUUUGAACAAAGAAUUUUGUAUGUGUCAUUUGUUCAGUCUGCUAUGAUUUUGGGAUGUGUGUAGCUUGGAGAUUUUUGACUGAGAAUUAUCAAUAACAAUUCUUGACAACAGAGAUUGCUGAAAACCAGCCAUGCAAUUCUGCAAUCUCUGUUGUUAAUGAACAUCAGAU